AUGGCCGCAGGAACCACUUACUGGGCAGCUCCUAAGAAACUCAAUCUUGAAGGCAACGUCAGCGAAAACUACCGCAAGUUUGACGAACAUUGGGCUCUUUUCAAAAAGACGGAAUUGAAAGGGAAAUCUGAGGAAGAACGAUGUUCCUACUUUCUACUAUGUAUCAGCGAGAAAGGACGCGAGGUCCACCAAACUCUCACCUUCCCAACGCCAGAAACCGAAGCCGGCGAAGGUGAUACGCUAGUUUGGAAGCGAACGACACAACAACUGAGAACCGCCUUCAAACAGUACUGUAACCCCAGAAAAAAUAUCACAUACGAGCGCCACAAGUUUAACAUUCGAGACCAAGCAGAAGAUGAGACGAUCGAUCAAUACGUGACUGUACUACGAACUUUAGCUGCGACUUGUGAAUUCCAAACCCUCCACGACGGUCUUAUACGCGACAGAAUCGUCUGCGGCAUCAAGAACCAAAGCUUAAAAGAGCGUUUGUUACGUGAAACGGACUUGACUUUAACAAAAGCAGUCGACAUCUGCAGAGCUGCUGAAGUAUCUCGAAAACAAGUAAAGGCUCUGGGCGAUAAGUCUCCUGUGAACGUAGACGCACUACACCAAGGUGGUCAACGUGAUACACGCCAGCAAAAACCACGCGAUACAAAACGGGAACGUCCCAGAUAUCAAAACAAGAAAAGCUGUGGGAAUUGUGGCAGAUCUCACGAACUGAAGCAAUGUCCCGCAUACGGUAAAACAUGCAACAGUUGUGGUAAAAGUGGACAUUUUGCAAAGUUAUGUCGUUCCAGCAAGAACCGACCAAACUCUCAUCACAACUCUCAUGUCCAACACCUCGAACUAGACGGUGACACCUCAGAUCACGGUAUCGACGAAGUACAAGGCAAUAUACACGGCUCAACAAACGAACACGCGACGCUAAAAAUCAAUAAUAAACCUAUUCAAGUUAAACUCGACUCUGGGGCUGAGACAAACAUUUUAACUAAAUCUGAUUUUGAGAAA